AUGCCUGUCGAGAUCGCGCUCAACUCGCCGCUGGCGGAAGCGCUCAAUUCCGUGAUCCAACCGAAGCUUGUUGAGGUCGGCUGGGCUUCAGGCGGCGGCGACGACUCCGCCUUGUCGGAAUACAUCAUCCUGAUGCUUGUCAAUGGCAAGACCCAAGACGAGAUUGCAGCAGAGUUGUCCGGCGAUCUACUGAACCUAGGAUCCGAUGAUCCUGGCGCCAGAGAUUUUUCGAGAUGGCUAUUCGAACAAAUCGACAUCAUCAAUGCCCAGCUCAAUCCCACCGAUGUGCAGGGCGAUGGUAUGACUGGGGUGUCUCAAGACUCCACAACGGUUGAUGGAGAUCAAGAUAUGGAUAUGAGCGCUGCAAAUGAGGGACAAUUCAAUGCACCUACUGGUCCCAAAGCAAUGCGCAACGCGAACAACAACAACCGCGGCGGCCAAGGAAAGCGUAUUAUGGGACAAAUCAACAGAGCGAUGGACCGGUCGCAUGACUCUGUGCUCCAUCGGCAACAAUCCGAGAUGAUGGCGCAAAUGCAACAGCAGCUCAUGAUGCAGAAUGGCAUGAACAAUGGUGGAUUCAACCAAGGUCGAGGCAAGCCUCUUUCAGAUCGGGUCCAACAUCCCCAUCGCGGCAACUUUCGAAGAGGCGGGCACCAUCAGAAUGGCCAUGGCUCACAUUCGAAUGACACAUCGAAAGCUGAGACUGGAGCUGAAGGCGACGACGUCGAGAUGGGCGGUGCUAAGCGCGAGGCCCUCAACCCUGACGAUGCCGUCUGCAAAUACAAUCUGAACUGCACAAACAAGGAUUGCAAGUUUGCCCACCAGUCGCCUGCAGCACCGGCUGGUACAACGGUCGAUGUUCAUGAUGUCUGUGGCUUUGGCGCCGCCUGCAAGAACCGAAAGUGCGUCGGACGCCACCCGUCGCCGGCCACCAAAGCUGCGCAUCAGAAUGAGCAGGAUUGCAAGUUCUGGCCAAACUGCCAGAACCCACGCUGCCCCUUUAAACACCCGAGCAAGCCGCUAUGCCGCAACGGUGGUGACUGCAGUGUUCCCGGCUGCGAAUUCACCCACACAAAAGUCAUGUGCAAGUUCCGCCCUUGCACCAACCGUUAUUGCACAUUCAAGCACGAGGAAGGCCAGAAAGGCACUUUCCAGGACAAAGUGUGGACGGCGGAUGGGGCCAAACACAUCAGUGAAAGGAAGUUUACAGACGAGAACGCGGCGGAAGAUGUGGUUAUCCCAGGAGCUGCGGAUACGGAGCCCACAGGUGUUCAGGAAGUUGUUGGUUAG